AACAUGGACAGAAUUAGACAGUAUUAAUAUGUUUUAAGUGGCCAAAUGUUUAGGUGUGACAGUUUAGUAGAUCAAUCUUCAGUUGUCUGUCCUCAACCUCUCAUGUCUAAAGAGUGCAAACAAAGAUGAAGCACGGCAACAAGGAUUUGCUGGUGCACAGCAACGGGACUAUAGAGCACAUGGUCAUCAUGAACACUGUGGUGGGCUGUGAGGUCAAACUGUACAAUUACCCCUUCGCUUCAGAUUUCUGUGCCAUAGCCCUUAAUGUGUGGGCAAUUAGUGUAAUCAUCUUGGCUGAUGUGGGCAGCUUCGCCCUGCCGCUGGGAGAGAGCAAGCACAUCCCCUUCAAGGUUAAACUGGUUCUCAGCGUCAUCAUGUUCCUCAACAUCCUCAAGGACCUUCUGCCCGGAGGAGGCCAGUGCAGCCCCAUCAUCCGAAAGCACUUCUGUUUCUGUUUGGUCAUCCUGGUGUUGAGCACGUUGCAGUCUAUGGUGCUCACACGUCUGGCUAAGUGUGGAACUCUCUGGCCCUGCAGCCUCUCCAAGUCCAAAGACUCACUGCUUAAAGACACAGACAAUGAAGAGGAAUAUUACUGUCAUCAAACUGAAAGACUCAGAGGAAGAGAAGAACACACCCCUCCAGAAAGUGGUGAAGUUUCUCAACAAAAUGGCUGCACAAGACCAGAAAAAAGUGAGACGCCAUCGCUUUGCCAACGAAGUGGACUUGAUCUGUUUCUAUCUCACCGUCCUCAUUGUUUACUCAUUCAUCAUUUAAUUUUUCUCCUUUGGUUCUCGAUGUGAGAUCGACCAUUUAGAAUUCUGGCAUUAAAAUCUUUAUUUGCUUUUAACAGUAUUUAAAUAAAUAUAAAGUAUGUGUGUAUUCUUCACUAGAGAUUUAACAAUAUUUAUUUCAAUGUUUGAAACUAGCCAGUCAUAUGUGGAAUAAUACAUUUAGCAAAUAGGACUCUAAAUAUACCUGCAAGCAGCAAUGAACAGGUUUCAAAGGGUGACACAGGAGGUACAGUGCAGCCAUAAUGAGUCCAGCAACAACAACAAAAAUUCUCAAAAAACAUUCAAGACUGAUGUAAUGAGCCUAAGUGGGGUGUUCAUUGGAUAGACUAAUGAUGCGUUGAACAUAUGUCUGAAAACAAACUAGUUGUCAGUUAUUGUUGCCCGUGGUGUAAACAUGCCUAACCAGUUUGCUAAUGUAGCCUGUGAUAACGAGCUCCUGAGUCUAGCUUCAUUUUAGUCAGUAGCUAUCCUUCUAAAUGCGGUGGUUACUGGAUAAACUACCUAUGAGUUGGUUGAACAUAUUUGGCUGAAAAUGAACUAAUAGCCAGUUGUUGUUGUCCAUGGUGGAACUAUCUAACCUGCCGGCUCCUGAAGCCCCCAUGAGCUCCUGAGUUUUGAAGCAGUCUGCUAGUGUCGUAAAAUUAGCAUUUAGCUAGCAAACUGAGCUGUUUUACAGGGCUGAGAUGACUCAAACGCUCCAGCAAACCCUGCUCUGGGAUAAUAUUAACGGGCUGCGGGAAUAUUACAUUUGUCUUUUAAUUGUGCAGGGAUGCAAACUGGUGAGGGCCCAAAAUGGUGACCAUAUUCUUUGGGGGGUGGAAACACACAAAUGUUUGAAGUACCAGAAAAUGUGCUUAUUUUCAGACUAAUAUUGUCACGACACCAACAUUUUAUUAACAAUGUGAUACCAGGCCAAGUAUCAUGAUACCACAGGGGAAAUUAAUUUGCAUCCUGUUCACACAUCCCCAUGGAAAUCUGUUACCGUUUUCUAUACGAUUUGCACAUGCUACACAAAAACCUGUCCCCGAUAUUCACACAUCUACUCAAUUUAACUUCACACUGUUUACUGUAUAAUAGAAUAGGCUACUGCAGACAAUGGCCGAUUUGCUCAUAUCCAAAGGCCUUCCUGUAAUUGGGCAGGAGGAAUGUAGUAUGGAAUAUAAAUGUUGUCUUUGUGGCAGUCAAGGGAAAACACUAUGCCUAUAUGCAACUCUUCAGAUAACUUUACACACAUUCACUUACUCCCUCUCUCACACAGAGCACUAGGCCUCUAUUACUCCUGUUUGUGCAGAAAAAAAACAUUUGUCAGCAGAGCGAGGAGAAAAUCGUUACACAUCUCACAGUACAAGAGCAUUGCAGAUUUUGUGCUGAUCAAAAUCAAACAUUGGAACGUCUGGGACGGCUCUGCGUUUCUGACCCGCUCACAUUAAACGAACGUCGGUGACGGAUGCGUGCCCCGAGUAGGCAAUGACUUGGGGAUUUUCUCUAUGACCUCAAAAACUUGUCUGGGACAGCUAAAUCGGGGCAAAAAUCGUAGUGUACACCUGGCUUUAGGCACCAAACAGAAUUUAACAAACCCCAUAAAAAUAUAGAUAUUUGAUUAAGGUAGAGCUUAGAAUUAAAUUGAUUAGGAAUAUGCAUCCUACCUUUGAAACACCUCUGCAUAUCUAUCCCUUUCCCAUUCUUCCUGUGCCAUCCAAAUUUCUGUAAUGUGAACGAUGAUGAAGGCCAGUGAUGAAGAUGCGUCUAGCGACUUGCUGGUGCCGAGGCCCAGGGUGAUGACUCAAUCACGAUUUAUGGUAUUGUUUGAAUGACAGACCAUCUGGGGGCUGUUACAGGAGUCAAACACCUUAUCAGUGGCAAUCUGGAUGAAAACACAUUCCCAUGGAAGUCCUGGGGUCUCUGGUGCCAGGAGAGGUGUAAAGACUGAUGAAACUUGAAUCAACUAAAUGAAGGUUACUGUAUGAAAAUUGUCAUGUUUGGAUUGUUUCAAGAGUUCAUA